UUCAACCUUAAUUCAUUUCACAGACCCACAGAGAGAGAGGGGGGGAGAGAGAGAGAGAGAGAGAGAGAUGGGUUGGCUAACGCGAUUCCUAGCGGCGGUGGCGUUCUUGGCGAUUGGAGUGAUAUUCUCUCCGGAGACCUUCGGAUCGAAAUCGGACGGUCAGAAUUUGACGAAGCUUGCAAUCUAUCUCAAGCUGGCUCAUCUUCUCAGUUUCUCCACGGCCUUCGGAGCCGCUCUCUGGGUCACUUUCAUCGGCGGCAUCAUCAUGUUCAAGAAUCUUCCGCGGCAUCAGUUUGGAAAUCUUCAAAGCAAGAUGUUUCCUGCGUAUUUCUCCAUGGUUGGGGUCUGUUGUGCAAUAUCAGCGGGGUCGUUUGGGUAUCUGCAUCCAUGGAAGUCGUCGUCUACUGCUGAGAAGUACCAGCUUGGUUUCUUGCUGUCUUCGUUCGCAUUCAACCUCGCCAAUUUGUUUGUGUUUACACCCAUGACCAUCGAGAUGAUGAAGCAAAGACAUAAGGUGGAGAGGGAAUCAAACAUUGGGGAAGAAGUCGGGUGGACAAAGAACGUGGAAGUUGCAAAAGUGAACCCAAAGCUCGCAGCCAUGAACAAGAAAUUCGGGAUGAUUCAUGGGUUAUCAUCCCUCGCUAAUAUCAUGUCCUUUGGCAGCCUGGCCGUGCACUCAUGGUACUUGGCAGGUAAAAUAAAUCUGUAGUUUCAAAUUGGUUUCCCUUCACUAGUGAAGGCAGUGUCUGGCAAUAGAUCCUAUCAAUCGAGCGAGGAACUUUUUGCUUUCUCUUUGUUUAUAAGCACUUUGGCUUCUCCCCGGCCAAGUUGUGUACGACUGAACAAAUACUAAGCAACAACAAAAAAUGUACGAUUGAAUAUGUCAAGGGGGAAUCCUUUCCUUGUCUAUGAAAUAUAAUAAUAUGGGUACUGUGUUAAUAACAA